AUGAUAGUGCCAAGGCAGACUCAGCCUCAGCCUCAGCCGCAUGCUGCUACUUCCACCACCACGGGAAGCGGGACUGCUAGCGUUGCUGGGUGCGGCGGCGGCGGCACGGCUCACAGAAACACCAGCAUGGGGAAUGCGGCUGUGCAGGUGCGUCAAGAGGGGUCCGCUCAGCAGCCUCGGAACUACCGCAGCAGCAUUGCUCCUGGUGGUGCUGCCACGCCGCGGCGUGGGUCCGCGCGGCAGCAGCAGCAGCGGCGCCUCUCAUCUGCCGCCACGCUCUCCGCGGCGACGAGCGCCCGCGCUGCCGGCGGUCGUACGCCCGCAUCGGCACGGGCCAGUUGCGCCCCCGUCACGCUCCCGGCGCAUCACCAGUUCCCGCAUUGGGCGGUGGUGCACGCGGAGGAGCUGAGGCGCGUGCCCCAGGACGUGAUGCCGGAGGACGGGCACUGCUGGCUGAAAUACGGCGAGAAACGACUCGUCAAGUCAUCCUGCCACAGGUCGUACUUCCGCUGUGCGCGCUCCACGUGCCUCCCUCCGCCUGCCAGCACUGACACCCGCCAGGCCGAUGCAGGAGCCGCAUGGUCACCCACUGCAUCAGCAGCAGGGGCACUCGCAACACCAGCAACAGCAGCAACACCAUCCGUGCUAGCAGCAACGCCUUCAAACUUUUCUGACCAUCCUGCUGCUGCUCCGGGUGCUGCUGUUGCUGCUGCUGCUGCUGCUGCUGCGGCGGCUGCUGCUGAUGCCGGUGCAGUUUCUGAUGCCAAUACCACUCCUCAUUCCAAGGCUGAUCCCAAUGACGCCCUUGCUGAUGCUUCUGAUGAUUCUGCUGAUGAUGCUGAUGCUGAUGCUGCUGGUGAUUCUGCUGAAGCCAGCACUGCCGCCCCCUCUCCCACCGUCGUCCGCUCAUGUCCCGCUUGCAAGCGCGUUGACUGGCAGCUACUACACCUCACUCCUGCCGUCCACCCCUCGCAGCUGCCGCCUGGUUUCGACGCGGCCGUGCAGAUCCGGGCGGCAGGCAAGCCGCCCGGAACCUUUGACUCCUCUCCAGGAUUUCACACCUUCCCCCGGCUUGAGCCCUCCCGUGAUUUUCAAACGACUCAGGCGGGUAUUUGUGCGACUCAUGCCGCUCAUGCCUCUCCCGCCACUCUCGCCUCUCCCGCCACUCACGCGUCUCACUCUCCCAUGCAGCUCAGGCCAAAUAGACAACCGCAGCAGCAUCAAGAGAAGCAGAAGCAGCAGCAGCAGCAGCAGCAGCAGCAGCAGCAGCAGCAGCAGCAGCAGCAGCAGCAGCAGCAGCAGCAGCAGCAGCAGCAGCAGCAGCAGCAGCAGCAGCAGCAGCAGCAGCAGCAGCAGCAGCAGCAGCAGCAGCAGCAGCAACAACAGCAACAACAGCAGCUGCAGCAGCUACAACAGCAGCUACAACAACAGCUACAACAGCAGCUACAACAGCAGCGGAUACAGCACCUCGAACAGAAGCUAGAGAAGCAUCUAGAGCAUCAGCUAGAGAAGCAGAUAGAGCAGCAACAACAGCAGCUACAACAGCAGCUAGAGCAGCAGCUCGAGCAGCAGCAACUGCAACAGGAGCAACAGCUGCAGCAACGGCAGCAAAGGUGGCAGCCCCAGCAGCAGCAAGAACAGUCGCCGUCGCAGCAGCAGCCACACUCCCUCAAUCUGCUCGCGUCGCUCACCCGCUUGGCCGUUUCCGAUGUUGCCACUGCUGGUGCUUGCAACGAUGCUCGUCCUUUUAACGCUUCCCCUCCUUUUGACGCUGACCCUCCUUUUAACGCUUCCCCUCCUUUUGACGCUGCCCCUCCUUUUGACGCUGCCCCUCCUUUUGACGCUGCCCCUCCUUUUGACGCUGCCCCUCCUUUUGACGCUGCCCCUCUUUUUUACGCUGCCCCUCCUUCUAACGCUGCCCCUCCCUUGAACAAUACCCCUCCUUUUCGUGCCAGUGCUGCUGCUUCCGGUGCUGCUGCUUCCGGUGCUGCUGCUUCCGGCACCCCGCUAGAAGUCCCUUUGGAAUCCCACUCUCUGCUGAUCUCGUUUGAUGACUCAGCGCCACGUCAGCUGCAGGGGCUGCUGGAAGAUCUUGUGCCACGUCAUCUGCUGAAUGGCUCGCAGGCGGGCAUCAGAGCAGCGCAGUACGAGGCACUGGCUACAGCAGCAGGAGCGGCGUUUCAAACACCAGCCACAUCAGUAGCACCAUGUUGGAUCCCUGCUACAACAGCAGCACCCGUUCAGACACCGGCAGCAGGACCCGCGUUUUGGAAACCAGCCACAUCAGCACCAGAUCAGGCACCAGCUACAGCAGCAGCAGCAGCAGCAGCUACAGCAGCAGCAGUAGCAACUACAGCAGCAGCAGCAUUGGCGUUUCAGUCCAUGGCAUGUCCUGCUGUGGAAGCAGAGCUUACAGCACAACAACAGACGUGGGCCCAGCUCCCAUCUCAAGGCCCCACUGUGCCACCAACUAUGGCUCAGAACCAACCACCCGCUGCAGUGUCGCCACCCACUACUGAGUCCCCGCCCGCUGCAGUGUCACCACCCACUACUGAGUCCCCGCCCGCUGCAGUGUUGCCACCCGCUACUGUGUCCCCGCCCGCUGCAGUGUUGCCACCCACUACUGAGUCCCCGCCCGCUGCAGUGUUGCCACCCACUACUGAGUCCCCGCCCGCUGCAGUGUUGCCACCCGCUCUUGUGCUGCCUACUUUGGCAACCCCGCUCUGUGAAUAUGAGUACUGGCAAUACCAAGGGGAGGGGCAGCAGCAGCAGCAGGGGCAGCAGCAGCAGGGGCACCAUCAGCAGCAGCAGCAGGGGCAUCUCACCACUCCUCUGACCAUUCAACUCACCACUCCCCUCACCACUCCCCUCAUCACUCCUCUCAGCAUUCCUGCAGCUGCCAUGGCCCCUGUUUCAUGCGGCCCUGCUCCCACCACUGCCCAUCACCCCCUCACCUCGCUCGCUCCCCCUCCCAUCAACAACCACAACCACCACAACCCCGGGCACGAGCAAUAUGCAAGCACUGCUGCUGCGCACCUGCACCGGUUACACCUCCCCCAGGUGCCGCCUGCACUGGCUUUUCACGCAGGGAGUGGUACGCAGUGUGAUGCAGAAGAUACGCAUGGUUACCAGCUUGUCAUGUCACGACAGCAGUUGGAUGUUAGUGACCCGGCCAUUGGAAGGGUUAGUAAUGGCGCCAUUGUUUCUGGUGGCGCCUCUGGUGGUUCUUCUGGUGAUGCCUCUGGUGGUGCUGGUGCUCCUACCACUGUUGACGGUGUGGGCGGAUAUUCUGUAUGCGCCUUGGGCACCGGUCCAACUCCUACCAUUCAUACUGCCGGUGGGCAAACGCUUGGGGUGCGAUGCACACGUACUCUCAGCAUCGGGCUUGACUGCUUGGGUGGCGUUGCCGAUGUGGGCAGCAUGGGUGGCAUGGGUGGGAUGAGCGGCAUGGGUGGCAUGGGUGGCAUGGAUGGCAUGGGUGGCAUGGGUGGCAUGGGUGGCAUGAGCAGCAUGGGUGGCAUGAGCAGCAUGGGUGGCAUGAGCAGCAUGGGUGGCAUGGGUGGCAUGGAGGGUAUGGAGGGCAUUGGCGACGUGGGCGGGAUGGAAGGCACAGGGGGCAUGGGGGAGGAUGAGUUGCUGAUGGAGGCCGCAGCAUGGCUGACAGAGCAUGGAGGCUUGGAGGCACUGGAUUGUCCAUCCCGGGCUCUCCCUCCCACCACUCUUCCUCCUCUUCCUCUUGGUCUGGAUAACGGCCCGGGAUCCCCUGAUGAUCAUUCAGCCUUUCCGCUCGCUGCUCCUGCGGCACUCCCUUUCUCCUCAUCUCCCAUACCUCAUUCUCCAAAUGUUCGAGCAGGAUCUCCGCCUCCUCUUCCUUGA